UUGGAUAAUACGAAAAAAGUGAAAUUACAACCAGGAAAAUAAAUCGAUCAAAGUUAUCAACUUUUCUGUAUAAAAAUCGCCUCAGAAUUCCAGUUCAACACUCACAUCUGUACCGUAGCUACAGUCGUUCCGACAAAGCCUUCAAGAUGAUGAAAGCCAUAAUCCUCGCCUUUGCGUGUCUGUACGUCGCGGCCGCCGUGAAACAAAUGGUGCCAAUCGUGAAGCCCAUGGUUUUCAAAAUGGUCAAACCCGUUGUCGUUGGAUUUGGAAAAGCAGGCUAUGGCGGCUAUGGAGGCUAUGGAGGCUAUGGCGGCUGGGGCGGCAUGGGUGGCUAUGGAGGCUGGGGAGGCAUGGGCGGCUAUGGUGGCUAUGGCGGCUGGGGCGGCAUGGGCGGAUAUGGAGGCGGAUAUGGAGGCUGGGGAGGCAUGGGCGGCUAUGGAGGCUGGGGAGGCAUGGGAGGCUAUGGAGGCUGGGGAGGCAUGGGCGGCUACGGAUACGGCAAGAAGAUGAUGUACUAAUAGAUCUAAGCUGUAACAAAGCUAGACGGAAAAUGUGGACCUAUCUGGACAUUGAAAAUAUAACUAUGUGUUAAUCUGAGCUCAGUUAUCACAGUGAAAUAAACAUUAACAUUUUAAA